CUAGAGAUGGCGCUUCCAGUAACACAAAAGAACUCCAUAACUGUGCAGACCACGCUGCCAGUCCAACCAUACCCUUUGAUAUCAGAUCGCAAUCCCAUCAAGACGCAGCGGCUGAUCAUUCGGCCGUUCCAGGCAAGCGACAUUGACGCCCUCUACGAGCUCCGCCUGCAGCCUGAGGUGAUGAAAUACACCAAGAAGGGUGUGCCAGACAUAAACCGCACAGAGUCGCAGGAAAUUCUGGACAAGAUGAUGGGUUCCCCAGGUAAUGACAUGUAUAACUUUGCUAUCUGCGACGGCAAGACAAACGUCUUGAUCGGGACGGGGGGCUGUCAUUUGCCAGUGGGCGAGGUCGGGUGGCCUGAGAUCGGGUACAUGUUCCGCAAGGAGGCCCAUGGCAAAGGUUACGCAACUGAGUUCGUCAAUGCCUUCCUCGAUGCGUACUGGGUGCUUCCGAGGGUGCGGACGGAGGUCGUGGUAGAUGCGGAGACGGUUGAGCUGAGCGAAGGGGUCACCGCCGCCAAAGAGUGCCUUGGGGCCAUCACGACGGCGGACAAUAAGCCAAGCCAUAGCGUGCUACGGAAGACAGGUUUCGAGCGCGUCAAAGUAUUCGAAGUGCUAGGGAACCAUCCACAGGAAGAAGGCGACAUGACAUUGUGGGCGUGGACAGUGAAGUGGCCAUCAAAAGCAACUUAAGGUAGACUAUAGGCCUUGCAAGAUGUUCUACUUAAUAUCUCGAAUCAAACAGCAAGCAUAAGCAUAGAGACGUCAAACCAACCCGAAAAAUCGUCACUUCCGAUUGUCCUAGAUCUCCCAGCUGUGACCUGGCAACACCUGACCACUGGUCUGGGCGUCUGAGGAUGAGGUUGUGUCCCGGAUCAGGAGAAUGCUGCAUGAUAGAUCAGCUCCUAAACCGCCCCGUUAUGAUAAGUAUACCUAGUAUUAUCAAGUGAAAUCAAAUAUCAAAAAUAUCCA